UAUAAGUUCAGCCUCAUGCCCAGUGCCGUCCUGUGGCCUUUCCAGCUCAGCAUGGCUCGGACAGUGGUAGCUCUAGUUAUCCCGGUGUUGCUGGGCCUGUGCUGGCCCCCAGCUGCUGCCAACCCUCUUCCUUCUGCCCAUGGGAAUGUUGCUGAAGGUGAAAAUGGGACCAGGCCAGACUCAGAUGUAACCGAACGCUGCUCGGAUAGCUGGAGCUUUGGUGCUGCUACCCUGGAUCACAAUGGGACCAUGCUGUUCUUUAAAGGGGAGUUCGUAUGGAAGGGUCACUCGGGGAUCCGGGAGCUGAUCUCAGAGAGGUGGAAGAAUUCCGUCAGUUCAGUGGACGCUGCUUUCCGUCGAGGUCCCGACAGUGUCUUCUUGCUCAAGGGAGACAAAGUCUGGGUAUAUCCUCCUGAAAAGAAGGAAAAUGGAUACCCAAAGUUGUUCGAAGAAGAAUUUCCCGGAAUCCCAUACCCAGUGGACGCAGCUGUGGAAUGUCACCAUGGGGAAUGCCAGAGUGAAGGCAUCCUUUUCUUCCAAGGUAACCGCAAGUGGUUCUGGGACUUUGCCACAAGAACCAAAAAGGAACGUUCCUGGCCGGCCGUUGGAAACUGCACUGCAGCUCUGAGGUGGCUCGAACGGUACUACUGCUUCCAGGGCAACCAGUUCCUGCGCUUCCACCCUGUCACCGGAGUGGUGCCUCCCAGGUACCCUCUGGAUGUCCGUGACUACUUCAUGUCCUGCCCUGGCAGAGGCCAUGGUAGACACAGAAAUGCAACUGCUCAUGGGAAUAGCACCCAUCCUAUGCAUCUACGUUGUAGCCCAGAUCCUGCCUUAUCUGCAUUGAUGUCUGACCACCGUGGCGCCACCUAUGCCUUCAGCGGCAACCACUACUGGCGUCUGGACUCCAGCCGUGAUGGGUGGCAUAGCUGGCCCAUUGCUCACCACUGGCCUCAGGGUCCUUCGACAGUAGAUGCUGCCUUUUCCUGGGAUGAUAAAGUCUAUCUGGUCCAGGGUACUCAAGUGUACGUCUUCCUGUCAAAGGGAGGCAAUACCCUAGUAAGUGGUUAUCCAAAGCGGCUGGAGAAGGAAAUUGGGAGCCCUCCCGGUAUCAACCUUGAGACUAUAGAUGCAGCCUUUACCUGCCCUGGUUCUUCCAGGCUCUAUGUCACCGCAGGACGGCGGCUAUGGUGGCUGGACCUGAAGUCAGGAGCUCAGGCGACAUGGACAGAACUUUCAUGGCCCCAUGAGAAAGUCGAUGGGGCCCUGUGUUUGGAAAAGUCCCUUGGCCCCAACUCAUGUUCUUCCAGUGGUCCCAGCUUGUACCUUAUCCACGGGCCUAAUUUGUACUGCUACAGCAGUAUAGACAAACUGACGGCAGCCAAGACUCUUCCUCAGCCCCAGAGAGUAAACAGCCUCCUCGGCUGCAGUCAGUAGAAGCCCUGAUGGGAAUUAGCCCUGCCCAGCCCACCUCUGUGUUUUCAGCCGAAUAAAAACCAAAUGGCUUCUUCACAUGA